UCUCACUGAUAACCGAGUAGUGACAGCUGAGAAGUUCACAAAUCAAACCCAGUGCACAGUCAAUUCUUAUUCACUUCACACUGUUGACUCUAUUUAAUCCUCACCUUUUCCCAAUGGGAUCACUGUGAUAUGGGAUAAAAGCACAAGACUUUCAAUCACACUGGACUCGAGGUGGAAAAAUAAAGUGUGUGGUCUGUGUGGGAACUUCAAUGACGAUGUCUCAGAUGAUCUGACAACAAAAGGGAAUUCCUUGGUGUCUAACACGGUGAUUUUUGGAAACAGCUGGAAGUCCAUGACCUGCUCAGAUACAGUCAAUCAAACAUCGCCAUGUGAGAGAAAUCCAUAUUGCUUAACAUGGGCAUUAAGGAAGUGUGACAUAAUUAAACACAACAUGUUUCAAUCAUGCCACAGCAAGGUUGAUGCAACUCCAUACUAUGAAGCUUGUGUUGAGGAAGCUUGUGCCUGUGAUUUGGAAGGGAAAUACCUGGGAUUCUGUACUGCUGUAGCAGUAUAUGCAGAGGCUUGUAAUAAGGCUGGUGUUUGUGUUGACUGGAGAACACCUGAUCGAUGUCCUGUGUACUGUGACUAUUAUAACUCUCCUGGUGAAUGCAGCUGGCACUAUAAACCAUGUGGAACAUUAACAGUGAGAACAUGCUCCAAUCAUGAAAUUAGAAAGAAGUAUUCAGCAGUUCUUGAAGGUUGUUAUGCAAAAUGCCCCGAGUCUCUUCCUUACCUGGAUGAAAACAAAAUGAAGUGUGUGAAGUUGUCCGAAUGUUCUUGUUAUUAUAAUGGGGAAAUAUUGGAACCUGGUGAAGGAAGAAGUGACUGCAGAAAUUGUAUCUGCACUGAAGGAAAAAUGAACUGUACAGACAUUCCUACAACAACCAAAGUGUCAACAACCACAAGUUUUCCUACAACAACCGAAAUGUCAACAACCACAAAUUUUCCUACAACAACAACCGGAGUGUCAACAACCACAAGUUUUCCUACGACAACAACCGAGACAUCAACAGCCACGAGUUUUCCUACAACAACCAAGACAUCAACAGCCACAAGUUUUCCUACGACAACAACCAAGACAUCAACAGCUACGAGUUUUCCUACAACAACAACCGGAGUGUCAACAACCACAAGUCUUCCUACGACAACAACCAAGGCAUCAACAGCCAGAAGUUUUCCUACUACAACCAAGACAUCAACAGCCACAAGUUUUCCUACAACAACCGAAAUGUCAACAACCACAAGUUUUCCUACAACAACAACCGAGGUGUCAACAACCACAAGUCUUCCUACGACAACAACCAAGACAUCAACAGCCACAAGUUUUCCUACUACAACCAAGAUAUCAACAGCUACGAGUUUUCCUACAACAACAACCGGAGUGUCAACAACCACAAGUUUUCCUACGACAACAACCAAGACAUCAACAGCCACAAGUUUUCCUACAACAACCGAAAUGUCAACAACCACAGGUUUUCCUACGACAACAACCGAGACAUCAACAGCUACAAGUUUUCCUACAACAACAACCGAGACGUCAACAACCACAAGUUUUCCUACGACAACAACCGGAGUGUCAACAACCACAAGUCUUCCCACGACAACAACCAAGACAUCAACAGCCACAAGUUUUCCUACUACAACCAAGAUAUCAACAGCUUUGAGUUUUCCUACAACAACAACCGGAGUGUCAACAACCACAAGUUUUCCUACAACAACAACCAAGACAUCAACAGCCACAAGUUUUCCUACAACAACCGAAAUGUCAACAACCACAAGUUUUCCUACGACAACAACCAAGACAUCAACAGCUACGAGUUUUCCUACAACAACAACCGAGGUGUCAACAACCACAAGUUUUCCUACGACAACAACCAAGACAUCAACAGCCACAAGUUUUCCUACAACAACAACCAAGACAUCAACAGCCACAAGUUUUCCUACAACAACCGAAAUAUCAACAACCACAAGUUUUCCUACGACAACAACCAAGACAUCAACAGCUACGAGUUUUCCUACAACAACAACCGAGGUGUCAACAACCACAAGUUUUCCUACGACAACAACCAAGACAUCAACAGCCACAAGUUUUCCUACAACAACCAAGACAUCAACAGCCACAAGUUUUCCUACAACAACCAAGACAUCAACAGCCACAAGUUUUCCUACUACAACAAACGAAGUGUCAACAGCCACGAGUUUUCUUACUACAACCUCUGGAUGUUUAACAUGGUCGAAAUGGUAUAAUGAAAAUACACCUACUCUUCAAAAGACAUCAGACACUGAAUUAUUGAAGCAAAUGCCUAAGCCAUUGUGUCCAUAUCCUGGUUAUCAAAUUAUCGACAUUCAAUGUGAAGCUGUCAAAUUUCCUCUGCGCCCAAUAAGUGAGAUGAAGGAUAACGUGACAUGCGAUAAAGAGAUAGGCCUUGUUUGUAUUUAUAAUCCACAGACAUCCGAAGGUCUGAUGUGUUUGGAUUACAGGAUAAGAGUUUGCUGUCACCCUUAUACGCCAAGCACCAGUAGUACAGCACCCACAACAGUCCCGGCCUCAUCGACCCUCUCAGUCCCGGCCUCAUCGACCCUCUCAGUCCCGGCCUCAUCGACCCUGUUCGUCCCGACAACAGAAUCCACCUCCGUCCCGAUGACAUGCGUAGCAGAACCUAAACCCACGUGUCAGAGAUCUUCAAUAAUUCUUAGUGAAAACGGCUGUGAGAAGUGGGAUUGUUAUUGUCAAUGCUUAAUUUGGGGAGAUCCUCACUAUCUCACAUUCGGCGGUACACAGUAUGAUUUUUUUGAGAACUGCACUUACAUUCUUGUGGAAGAACGGAUUCCAAAAUACAAUUUUUCCAUUCUAGUCAAUAAUUAUUUUUGUAUUCCUGGCAUCACCUUUUCUUGUGCAAGAGCGUUAAUCAUCCUUUAUAAUGCAAGUUCUGUAAUCAUCUGGACUAGCGAGGAUAGGCAUAUAACUUUUGAUGAAAAAAUUGUGACUGCUCCCUACAGUUCGAAUGGAAUUAACAUACGGUCAGAGAAUGAAAGAAUAUUUAUUACUAUUCCCGACAUCCUUGUAAACAUAAUGUCCUCUGGAAAUACUUUUCAAAUUAGAUUAUCACAAAAAUACUUUCUGAAUAAUACUCAAGGACAGUGUGGCUCUUGCUUGGAUAAUGCAGUUGAUGAAUGCAAGAGAAGGAACGGGGAAAUAAUGCCCACAGAUUGCUGCCACAUUACUGCAAAUGACUGGAAGGUUUCUGAUCCAAACAAGCCAUAUUGUGAAUCUGCUCCUAAAAAUCUACCCUGUACCAGUCCUCCACCUCCCUUUCCAACCUGCAAACCAGAAUCGACAAUUUGCAACCAACUUUUAGAAAAACCAUUUGAAAAAUGCAGAAAUCUUAUUCCCCAGGAAGUUUACCAGUAUUACAACUCUUGUCUCUUUGACCAGUGCAACACAAAAUCCACACAAAUUGUCUGUUCCAGUUUACAAGCUUGUGCCCUGGCUUGUAAUAGCAUAGGCAUAUGUGUGGACUGGAGAACAUUAACAAAUGGCUACUGCAAUUAUAGCUGCCCCAAGGGGUUAAUUUACAAGCCUUGUGCAAGUCAGGACAAUAAUCACUUUGACAAUAACAUGCUGAGCCGUAGCCAAAGAUUGUCCCUCCUGUCAGAAGGCUGCUUUUGUCCAGAAGGAAUGAUUCUUUCUGAAAACAGGACUACAUGCAUUAACUCAAGUUGCACAGACAGCUUGGGAAAUAUAAAAUAUGAAGGAGAAAUAUGGAGAGAUUCUACUGAUCAAUGCACCUUCAAGAAAUGCAUUAAAUCUCGGACGAGAACGAUUUGGGCUGAAGAUCGCUGCUGUCACUCAUGUUUAUUAAAAGAAGAUGCUUGUCAGAUGUUGGUUUAUUCCAAAAUUGUCACACAAGCAAAUUCAAGCUGCUGGGCACAAAUUAACAUGGCAAAAUGUCAAGGUAGCUGCCCUGGAAAAUUUGAAUUUGACACUGUUACUAACAGCAUGAUAAAAGAGUGUAGCUGUUGCCAAGCAACCAGGACUGAAAACAGGACAGUGAAUCUCAAUUGUGGAAAUGGAGACAGUGUGCCUUACAACUAUACUUACAUAACAGCAUGCAAGUGCAACAGUAACAACUGUCAUAAUAAUGUACCAGCUUAAUUGAGCACAAUUCCUACCAUCUGCUGAUCCUGAAAUCUAAAAUUGUAACCAAUUUGCAGAUAUCUUUUAAUGAUUUUCCUCAUGUAGUAUUUGGCUGGUAAAACCUCUUUAAAAAUAAGGUACUUUCAACUGAUUUUUAUAAAGAAUCAUGGGAUC